CCAACAAUCAAAACUACAUACUGUCGCGCUCAUCUACAACGAACAAUGUCUGAAGCUUUUAAACCCGUCAUCCCCACCACAACGAAUGAAGGCAAGUCGAUUGGCCGAUUUGGCUAUCGCACCCCCGCCGAGGAAGUCGUCACCGAGCUCGGAAUCGACUUGAGCGAUCGCGUCGCCAUUAUCACCGGCGCCAGCAGCGGUCUUGGCAAGGAGGCGGCGCGUGUUUUGGCUCUCAAGGGCGCUCAUAUCAUUAUCGCUAUUCGCAACCUCGAGGCUGGCCAAAAGGUCGCCCAAGAGAUUCAACAAAGCACCGGAAACACCAAGAUCGAAGCCAUGCUCGUCGACCUGACCUCGCUCAAGAGCAUCAAGGAGUUCGCCGACGCAUUCAUCGCCAAGAAGCUCCCGCUCAACCUCCUCAUCAACAACGCCGGUGUGAUGGCUCUUCCGACCCGCGAGACCACCGCCGACGGAUUCGAAAUGCAAUUUGGCACAAACCACAUUGGACAUUUCUACCUCACGCAGCUGCUCACGCCCGCCCUGAUUGCCGCGGCGCCGUCCCGAGUGGUGGUUCUCAGCUCCAUGGGCCACGCCUUCAGCCCGAUUAUGUUUGAUGAUGUGAACUGGGAAAAGUCCUACGACGCUUGGCGAGCGUACGGGCAGUCCAAGACGGCGAACGCCCUGUUUGCACUCGAGCUCAACAAGCGUCUCAGCCCGAAGGGCGUGAUUGCCGUUUCCCUUCAUCCGGGUGGCGCAAUGACGAACCUGGGUCGCCACAUCUCGCGAGAGUAUAUGAUUGCCAACGGAUGGAUGAACGAGGACGGCACGUUGCACAGCAUUUUCAAAACCGUCGAGCAGUGCUCCUCGACCACCGUGUACUGCGCCAUUGCGCCCGAGGUCCUGGAGCACGGCGGUGCCUACUUUGAGGAUUGCAACCUCAGCGUUCCUUCUCCACACGCUUCAGACCCGGAAGCCGCUGCCAAGCUUUGGGAGGUUUCGGAGAAGCUGAUUUCCGAUGCGCUCAAGCAAUGAGAUGUGUGCACUUUUUGUACGCUCUCCUUGCUCAGAGCGCAGUUCUGUGGCUUGUAUGUCCAGUCUUGUACACGUUCUCAAUAUGUAUGGACCUUCACAAUAAACGCUGUAC